CAGAGUUGUCACCUAAUACCCUAUCCUUUCUGCCGCCACAUUCGAUAAACGAUUUAUCAAUCCGAGAUUACACUGUGUGGAAGUCACAUUGAAGAGAAAACUAUUUAAAUUCAAUUAAAUGGAUACUAUACGCACGCCGAAAACUUAUUUGCAACAGCCAACGAUAAAGAUUAAACUUGUCCUGCCACGCACACCAACCAAAAAUGAAUGGAAUACCCUGCAAGUGAACCAUAUCAAUGUGCGUUGCUCUACGCCCAUUUUGGGUGAUAUUCGUUCAGCCAACUUAUCGCCCAUUAACCGAAAUACACUUAAAAAAACAUCAUCCCCAUCCCCCAAGAUGUUCAAAAAGCAAUUAAUGCAGCAGCAGCAGCCCAAGAACAACUUGGUCAAACGCCAGCUAGAAGAGACCAUCAACAACAAAAAUAGUUCCGAUGACAAUAAAUCGGAUGAAUCAAUUGCGGACUCUUCAAUGAUCAGAGAAUCCCGCCGCGGUUUCCUGGCUGUUUGCAAUUAUUCAUAUGUAUUCAAUCACGCGGCCAAUGUGCAACAAGUCCUUAUGCGUUUGGGUCUCAAAAACUAUAUCGACAGAUUAGAGAAGGCUCACAUUGAAUUGUCCGAAUUGCCCAGCAUGGAACAUGCUGAUCUUAUAAAGAUACUGGAGGCACUUAGGGGCAUCUAAUUAAAGUAAUUUUAAAUGAAUGUUAUAUGUUUGUAAAGAUCGCUGGCCGUACGAUCUCCCCAUC